AUGCCACGAGCACGAGUGAUCGACGGUAAAGCCAUUUCAAAGGCGCUGCGUGCCACGCUCAAAGACGACGUGGCCGCUCUCAUUGCCAAGUAUGGAAGGGCGCCAGCACUUGGACUUAUCAUGGUUGGAAACCGCAAAGACUCGGCGUUAUACGUACGCAACAAGCACGCUGCCUGUCAUCGCAUUGGUAUACGGUCUGAGAAUUUUAUUUAUAAUCAAGGUGUCUCGCAGGAAGCUGUGAUGCAAAAGGUGGAAGAGCUCAAUCAAGACCCGACAAUCGACGGCAUUCUCGUGCAAUUGCCAUUGCCUGAUACACAGUUGAAUGCACAGCAGAUUAUUGACUGCAUUCAGCACGACAAGGACGUGGAUGGCCUCCACCCGUUCAACGCUGGUGAGCUGUCUAUGCGUGGACGAUAUCCCUAUUUGAUCCCGUGCACAGCCAAGGGAAUUGUUGCAAUGCUCGAUGAGAAUAACAUAUCAUUGCAUGGAAAGACAGCAGUGAUUAUUGGACGUAGCAAUCUAGUUGGCAAUCCGGUGAGCAUGUUGCUUCAGAAGCGCAAUGCCACGACGAUCCUUUGUCAUUCAAAGACGAUAGAUCUUCCGUGGUAUGUACGUCAAGCAGAUGUGGUAGUAGCGGCAUGUGGACAGCCGUAUCUUGUGCGAGGUGAAUGGUUGAAGCUAGGUGCGACGGUCAUUGAUGUCGGUAUCAACUUUGUGCGUGAUGUGGAUGGUAAAUAUCAUGGCGAGGCGAAUUCUGAUGGCUUUAAGCUUGUUGGUGACGUUAAUUUUCCCGAGGCAUGCGAAGUAGCAGGGACUGUUACACCUGUGCCCGGUGGUGUAGGACCUAUGACAAUUGCCAUGCUGCUGCACAAUGUAGUUGAAGCAUUUAAGCGCAGAAUGGACAUUGGAAACAAGGGUGUGCUAUGA